AUGGCCUCAUCUCAAGACGCCCUGGACCAUUUGGUACGAGCGAAUGGUCAUUCCGAUGUCCACUCGACUAAGCAUGCUUUGGUACAAGAGCCUCUAGAGCUUGGAGGUCACUUGAAGAAGUACAAGUCUUUCAAGUCUACCCCCAUCAUUGGGACUGAAUACCCCGAUGCGAAUCUGGCUGAGUGGCUCACUGCGAGCAAUAGCGAUCGGCUCAUUCGAGAUCUGGCCAUAACAAUAUCUCGACGUGGUGUCGUCUUCUUCCGGGCUCAGCGUGACCUGACGGACGUGCUGCAGAAAGAGCUCGCUCACCGUCUAGGCAAACUCACUGGCAAACCUGAAUCGUCGUAUCUGCACAUACACCCUCUGUCCAACUUCAACGACGAUAAAGACCUACAUAUCAAUGUCAUUACUACCGACAAGGCUGCAGCCCCAGCUGAAGACCUGUGGAAAAACCGACCAGCAGAUAUACGAAACGCCUGGCACACUGAUGCUGGGUACGAGCCAAAUCCGCCAGAUUACUCCGUUCUCAAGUUGACCAAGAUGCCGAAAUGUGGAGGUGAUACGAUUUGGGCAUCGUCGUGCGAGACAUACGACAAGAUCAGUCCUGCUUACAGGGGCUUUCUCGAAGGCUUGACCGCAACAUUCUCUCAAGCGCGACUACCCAAGGUCGCUGCAGAGAAGGGCUUCGAACUGUACUCAAUGCCUCGCGGCUCACCCAGUAACGUCGGCACAUCUUUGACUACAAUGCACCCUGUUGUGCGCACAAACCCGGUGACCGGCUGGAAGAGCCUCUUUGCAGUGGGCAACCAUGUGGCGACCAUCAACGACGUAACACCGGAUGAGAAUCGAAGGCUACAGGAUUGGUUUCUACAGAUGAUUGUCGAAGAACACGAUACGCAGCUUCGUCAUCGGUGGGAGAACGAGUUUGAUGUUGCUAUAUGGGACAAUCGCACCGUCUAUCAUUCUGCGAUCUUCGACUAUGCGGGCCUCGGCGUCAGGACAGGUCACCGCGCUGUGGGAAUUGGCGAGCAGCCCUACUUCAAUCCCAAUAGUCUGACAAGAAGAGAGGCGCUUGCAAAAGUCGCUGAUGGAGGAUGGGCGGACUAUUGA